UUUGACCACAUUUAUCUUAUUGCAGAACUCUUAGAAUUAAAAACAGGUUAUUAUAGUUUGAGACAAAUUAAAGCUGCUACUAAUAACUUUGAUCCAGAAAGUAAGAUAGGCGAAGGAGGAUUUGGUCCUGUUUACAAGGGUUUACUGUCAGAUGGUGCUGUCAUUGCUGUUAAACAGCUCUCUUCCAAAUCAAAGCAAGGAAACCGUGAAUUCGUUAAUGAAAUAGGUAUGAUAUCGUCUUUGCAACAUCUGAAUCUUGUGAAGCUUUAUGGAUGUUGCAUUGAAGGAAACCAAUUGCUGCUUGUAUAUGAGUACAUGGAGAACAAUAGUCUUGCUCGCGCUCUUUUCAGUAAACCGGAACAGAAGUUGAACUUGGACUGGAGCACGAGAAUGAAGAUAUGUGUCAGGAUAGCAAGAGGUUUAGCUUAUCUUCAUGAAGAAUCAAGGUUGAAAAUAGUUCACAGGGAUAUUAAGGCGACCAAUGUCUUACUUGAUAAGAAUCUGAAUGCAAAGAUCUUUGAUUUCGGUUUAGCCAAGCUUGAUGAAGAAGAAAAUACUCAUAUCAUGCGAAUAGCAGGGACAAUAGGUUAAAUGCAAAAGGUAUUUCCACAACCCUUUGAAGCCUUCAAAGCUCACAUGGACUGCCAUGUACAGAAAGCAGCACAAGAAGAUUUUGUGCUCUAAACUCUAUCCAAAAACAAUUGCAUUUAUAUUCCUUGACCUCUCUAGACUCUUCCAUGGCGUGAGUUUUGUCAGAGUUCAUUUCGAGAGCGAGUGUAUCAUCUGAUGUUAGUGAACCUGAUGUUAGUGGACACUGCUACUAUGAAUGCCUACAAUGGUGGAUGGGUUGAUUUUUGUAGAACACGUAGAUUGGUUGAAGGGAUGCCGGUUAAAUUUAUAGCCACCAAACCCCUUGACAACCAGGUUAUUUAUGUUAAGGUUGCUGCUGAUUUUUCCAUGCAAACUACUUUGGUGCAGCAAAUGAUAGAUGGAAAGUUUGUUCCUUCUGUGGUCGCGACACAAUUCUUUGCAGUCACACCAUGAUUUGAAUUGUUCGAGUUGUGUUGUUUUCUUUGAUUCACAUGUAUGAAUUCAUGGUUUAUUAUGUGAAUUUUGAUUGGAGUGUCAUGUUUUAUUUUCAUAGUAACGUUGAAUGCUUAAGCUAUGUACUUGGUUAAACUUUUGCAAUAUGGCUUUUGCUCAUCUUUA